AUGAAGCACCUCGCCGCUUACCUGCUCCUCGCCCUUGCUGGCAACACCUCCCCCUCCGCUGAGGACGUCAAGACUGUCCUCUCUUCCGUUGGCAUUGACGCCGAUGAGGAGCGCCUGAACAAGCUCAUUGCUGAGCUCGAGGGCAAGGACCUCCAGGAGCUGAUCGCUGAGGGUUCCACCAAGCUCGCUUCCGUUCCCUCCGGUGGUGCUGCCGCCGCUGCUCCUGCCGCUGGCGGUGCCGCUGCCGGUGGUGCUGCCGCCGCUCCCGCCGAGGAGAAGGAGGAGGAGAAGGAGGAGUCCGACGAGGACAUGGGCUUCGGUCUCUUCGACUAA